AUGGCCCGCACGGCUCCCCCUGCAGUGCUGCCGCCGCCUCCGGGGCCGCCAGCCCGCGGUUCCCUCAGCCUCCACCGCGCCUACCUGCGAAGCCCGCUGGGCCUGCUACGCCUGGGGCAGCUGGUGCUGGGCGCUGCCUUCUGGGUAACGGUGGCGGCUCACAAGUACGAGGGGGCAGCCCACUUUGCCCUCUUUGCCGCCGUCCUGGUUUGGCUCCUCACCCUGGCCCUCUUUGGGCUGAGCCUGCUGGGGCGCUGGGAGCUGGUGCCCUGGCUGGGCUCGCGCUGGCUCCUCACCAACCUGGUGCACGACCUGGCACUGGGUGUGGGGCUCUACGCAGCUGCUACUGGCAUCAUGGGCUACAAGGCUGGGCGGAAAAGCUAUUGCAACCUGCCGGGAUACAGCCAGCAAUGCCUCUAUGGUGCGUACCUGAGUGCCUCCAUCUGCGGAGGCAUCGCCGCCUUCCUGUACCUCUUCUCUGGGCUCUACUGUCUGUCGCGGCGCUGCCGGGAUCAGCGUGACAUCAUCUGAGACACCUUGUCGCUCAAUUCCCCUUCUUUUCACCCACCAACGGAGCACAGCC